AUUAUCACUAGAUGCAUCGUUAAUUUUUUUUUUCUUUUUUGUAUAACGUUAUCACGUUAUACGUAUUUUUCUGUUGCCUCGAAAUUAGUAGCCAAACGUGCUUUACCAAUAGUACAUACUUUUUUUCGGUAUAUCGAAGGAUUAAUGCGUUAUAAACGAUGUCGUUGGUCUCCGAUGCAAGACCACCACGCGUGGAUGCAACACCAAAUGUGAUAAAGAAUAGGAUAAAUUUAAAUAUAUUGGAAAAGAUAGAAAGCGAUCUUGACAUAGACGAUAUAGUUUCUAUUCUAUUUUUAAUGGUCAACGAUUAUAAGAGUGUAUUUUUAAAAAUUUUCAAACUUUAUUGCAAAGCCAAGAAAUACAAAACGUCUGUGAUAGCAGAAAUUGUCAAGGAUAAUGAAGAAAAUUGGGAGGAAAAAUUAUUAGAAUCUAUUUGUAUUAGUGAGAAUAGAAAAGUUAUAAAAAAAUUGGGACUACGGUAUGAGGAUUUGGAGAAAAGUUACUUGCCAAAAUGUAGGUUAUAUACAAAAAAAUUAAAUCCUAUUGCAAAAUGUUUAUACUUAUUAUGUGAAUCUUUAUCCGUGGAAGAAACGAAAAGGUUAUUGCGUUUUGUCAAAGAGGAUAAAAUCUUUCUUUCUAUUAUCAAUGAGAAUAAAAAGUAUGAGCCGAUACUCGAGGAUAUAGAUCAAUUGGAAUUACAUCUAUUGUAUUGGAUGAAUAUUGGAUAUAUCUCUAUUUUUUCAGCCAAGGAAGGAAAUUUAAAAAAUUUGUUAAAACAUUUGAAGGGCUUCGAUGAUAUAGAUUAUUUGAUAAUGGAAGAUUUAAAAGCGUGCAACAGGGAUCAGAAUAUAUCAAGCUUGAGUGCAUCCAAAGAGACACCUCGUUCCUUGGAAAAUCAAAUUAACGUCAUAGAAAUUGAAAAUAACAUGCGUAAGAUAAAAAAAGGAUUGUGCAUUAUUAUAAAUCAAAUAUACUUCUAUGGGUCGCAGUAUGAAACGCGCCUUGGAACAAGCGCAGACGCCGAUAAAUUAUCGAAAACAUUCCGAGGACUUGGAUUUACCGUUAGCGUCAUUGAUAAUUUGACGAAGCACAAAAUGCUUUCACAUAUCAGGGAUCUUUCCAAGCAGUUUGGAUGCGAUUAUGACUGUAUAUUUUUAUGCAUAUUAAGUCAUGGCUGUGAAGGAGGUAUCAUUGCGGUCGACGAGAAAGAAGUAUCCAUUAAAAGUAUUAAUAAUGCUUUCUGUUGUUCAGAAUUUAGUAAAAUAAUAAAGAUAGUUAUUAUUCAAGCGUGUCAAGGAAAGGCAAUAGGAAAAGUCCUAAAUCUGAAUCCUUUAACAACGGACGGCUUAGACGAACCUGCGACAAUCGAUAUAACGGCACACGCGAAUUUUUGCGUCUUUAUGUCUACGCUGCAAGGUUUUGUUUCUAUACGCGAUAAACUGAGAGGUUCAUGGUUCAUUCAAGAAUUGUGCAAUAUACUUCAACGAAAUGAAAGAAAAAUAAGCUUUUUCGAGUUGACAACGAAAGUUAUCCAAACGAUUCGAAAUAAGCAAGGAAUUAUGGAUGGCGAUAGGAUUGCCCAGUUACCUGAAUUAUUUAUGUGUCGUUUAGAUGCCGAUUUUGAAUUACCAAAGUACAAUCCUUAAGAGAAAAAUGAGGAAAUACGUCUGACUAAUUAAU